GAGACUCGCAGCGGCCGCUCCGGUAGUUUUGGCUCCGGAGACGCGCAGGACGCAGUGAAGUGUCCCGGUUCCCCUCGAUGGUUCACCGCAGCCCGGAGGAGGGACCGAGCUUCCAGGAGCCGCAGAGCCUCUGACAGCACAGCACCAUGCUGAAGCCGGGCGACCCGAGCGGCUCGGCCUUCCUGAAGGUGGACCCGUCCUACCUGCAGCACUGGCAGCAGCUCUUCCCUCAGGCUCAGCUCAAAGCUCCUCUGGUUCCUCCGGCCGACCGCCUCUCCAUCCCCGUGGACGCUCUCCGCCCGUCCCGCCUGCACAGCCACCUCCUGGCCUCCUCUCACUGCACCUCCUCCUCCACGUCCUCCUCAGCAGCAGCUUCCUCCUCCUCCUCCUCUUCCUCCUCCUCGGCUCUCACUCCGUCCUCCUCCAUCUCCAUCUCCACCUCCCAGCUGCCCGUCCCCCAGCAGAUCGCCCUCUUCGGCCAGGCUCUGGCCCCGGUCUGCUCCGGUCCUCCAGGAGCUCCAGGAGGAGGAGACCUGGUGGUGGUGGUUCCUCCGGAGCAGCAGCAGCAGCAGCAGCAGCAGCAGCAGCAGCAGCAGCAGCAGCAGGGCCUGAGUCUCCUCCACCCGGUCAAGGAGCAGAGCUGUGGGGGGGUGGGAGUGGGGGUGGGGGUGGGGGUGGGGGUGGGGGUGGGGGUGGGGGUGGGGGUGGUGUCGUCCAGCGUGAAGAGCAGCGACGAUGGAGGGAAGUCCAGGUUCAAGCUGACGUCUGAGGAGCUGGACUACUACCUUUAUGGACAGCAGAGGAUGGAGAUCAUCCCUCUGAGCAACCAGACGGGAGAAGUCAACAACCGAUGCGACAUGUGUGCCGACAACAGGAACGGCGAGUGUCCGAUGCACGGACCUCUCCACUCCCUCCGUCGCCUCGUAGGAACCAGCGGCUCAGCAGCUCCAGUCACGCUGCCGGACGUCCCUGAUUGGCUGAGAGAUCUGCCCCGAGAGGUGUGUCUCUGCACCAGUACCGUUCCUGGUCUGGGUUAUGGGAUCUGUGCCGCCCAGAGGAUCCCUCAGGGAACCUGGAUUGGACCGUUCCAGGGAGUUCCUCUGCUGCAGGACAAGCUGCAGUCUGGAACUGUGAGGAACACCAGACACCUGUGGGAGAUCUACGAUGCAGAGGGGACGUUGCAGCACUUUAUCGAUGGUAAUGAUCCCAGUAAGUCCAGCUGGAUGAGGUAUAUCCGCUGUGCCAGACACUGUGGAGAGCAGAACAUGAUGGUUGUACAGUACCGGUCCUGCAUCUUCUACAGAGCAUGUAUGGAUAUCCCCAGAGGAACCGAGCUGCUCGUCUGGUACAACGACUCCUACACCUCCUUCUUCGGCAUCCCGCUGCAGUGCGUCGCUCAGGACGAAAACUUGAACGUCCCAGCCACCGUGGUGGAGGCCAUGUCCAGACAGGAGUCCCUCCAGUCCUUCAGCAAAAACGCCAAGCCCUCGUCCUCUUCGUCCUCUUCCUCCUCCUCCCCCUCCACCACUCUCAUGCGCUCCAUGGUCUUCCCUCACUCUCCCUGCCCCCGGAGCUUCUCCCUGCUGGAUAAGGUCGGCGUCGGGGUCCAGUCGGACUCCAGUUUUGGCCAGCUGGGGUCGAAGAACCAGCGAAUCCUGGCGAGCCCGACCUCCACCAGCCAGCUGAGCAGCGAGUUCAGCGACUGGCACCUGUGGAAGUGUGGGCAGUGCUUCAAGACCUUCACCCAGAGGAUCCUGCUGCAGAUGCACGUCUGUCCGCAGAACCCCGACAGACCCUACCAGUGUGGCCACUGCUCCCAGUCCUUCUCCCAGCCCUCAGAGCUGAGGAACCACGUGGUGACGCACUCCAGCGACCGACCCUUCAAAUGCGGAUACUGCGGCCGGGCGUUCGCCGGCGCCACCACACUCAACAACCACAUCCGCACGCACACCGGAGAGAAGCCGUUCAAAUGCGAGCGAUGCGACCGCAGCUUCACACAGGCCACUCAGCUCAGCCGCCACCAGCGACUCCCCAACGAGUGUAAACCUGUGAACGAGAGCAGCGAGUCCAUCGAGGUGGAUUAAGCCCCCGACCGGCUGUUUACCGAGCGGCGCUGCGUCCACAUUAAGCCGGAAAUCUUUUCUCUGCGUCCACACUCUCCUCACCAGAAUAUGAAGAUUUCUGUCCUAAAACGUCCUCUUUUCUUCCGCCCCGUUCUCCACGACGAGCAGAACGAAGUAAAACGGUUUUAAUUCACUGCUUUUAUUUCCCUGGCCUCCAUAAAACACUCUGGGUGAAAGCAGGGAGGCUGGGGGCUCUGAUCAAUCACGUUAGUUAAUGAGUUCACAACUUAUAGACAGCAGAUGGUUUGCAGGUUGGAACGGUUGCCGGUGGAAAUUAGCUUCACUAAGGCUGCCAGAGAGGGAAAAAAAGCAACUUUCAGAGUAUUAAAUCUGCGAGAGCGGCCAAUCCAGAGUACAAAAGUGAUUUAAAAUUGCUUUUUGUUAUGUUUUCUCAUCGUCAACAGGUGUGUGACGUCGAAUAUAAUCUUUAAUAACUCAUUUUAAUUUAUUAGGGCUUAUUUUAACCCUGUCAGGUGAUUUCAUGAUCAGGAAAACUGAUUUAAUCGUCUCAUGGAAGGUAAUUAGGAAGUAUUUCUUCCGAUUUGUCCAAUCUGAGGCUAAGAUUUAUCUAAAUGGUGAUUUAAUAUGCAGUUUUAUGUGCAUUUAGGGGCAUCAAAUUAAAUGGCAAAAUUAGAAAAGCACGUCCUCAGCUGUGCAAAACUUACAUUUUACUUAAACUUAUAUGAUUUUAUCAAUCCCUGGAGGUAAAUUAAGUUGUUACAGCAGCCUGGAUAUUAAAUAAAGGGAUAAAUAAUAAGACAACACAGAAUGUUAGGGUAGAAAAUUAAGGUAAAGUCAGAUAAAAUAGGUUUUUGGCUGUUUCUAUACAGAGAUAAUGAGCUUCAAAUGAUGUUGAAACACCUUUUCUAGAAUAGUUCUAACAUAGAAAACAUUUAAUUCACUAAAAUGAUCAGAUUUUUCCGUUUAUUUUGCCGUCUUCAUCUCUGGACAUCAUGAAACAUGAAUAAUUACAACUUCCUGAUUAAAAACUGUGACUUAAGACUUUAUUUUUCUCUCGUAGGUGGAUAAAGUUUUGUUUCUUCCUCUGCUUUGAGAUUUACAUUCUGUCUUCUUCUAUUACUUCUUCUUCUGCUGCUACUUUUCUUCUUCUACUCUGUUUAUUACAGCCGUUUAGCCUCUAGCGCCACCUUCUGACAACAGUACACAGCCGAGUUGAUUCACGCUAAAGUAGUUAAUAGAAAAAACCUAAUUCACAUUUUCUUUUUACAAGCAUUUUGCAUCAUUUUAAAAGUUUAGGAUCUGAAAACUUAGAAACGCAGCAACUUCGUCUUCUUCUACUCUGUUUAUUACAGCCGUGUGGCCUCUAGCGCCACCUUCGGACGACACUAAACAGCUGAAGUAGUUAAUAGAAACACGUCUAGUUCACUGCAUUUUUGAAUCGUUUCUAAAUGUCCAAAAGUUUCUAUUUUUGGGUCUUAAAACUUAAAAGUUAUGUGUUUUAGAACUUGUGUGAAUGAAGCGUUAGAAAGUGACGCUUCUUUAAAUCAUAAUAGUAGUCAAGUUUUAUUGAAGUCAUCCAGUUAAUUAGCUGAUACGAGUGAAUGAAUUAAUGUUUUUUUUUCAGACGUGAGGGGGAAAAAAGCCACCAAAACCAAUCAAAAUAUUCAAAACAACAACAAAACAAAAUAAAGCACAACAAAACAAACAAACAUAACAAAACAAAGCAAAAAAUAACAACCCAACAUAUCUGAAAAGGAGCAGGAUGAAUCAUGAGCUCAUUUACUCCUACCCAUCAGUCUCUCAGUACCCCACUAUCAUAGUUAUUUAUGGACAUAUUUAUAAACAAAAUAGAAAUAAAUAAUAUAAAUAAACAGAUAUUAAAUUAUUAGUGAUAUGCCUGUGUCAAUGAGCAGGGAAAAAAUGAGUGCUGCUAGAAGAAGAAGCUGCUUCUCGAAUAUUUUAUACUCUGAUUUUUGCUAGAUAUAGAAGAAGGAAAUGAAAUAGAAGUUUUAACUUUCACACUGAAAUUUUCACACAGAUGAUGUUAAGGAGAACAGACCAGCAGGGUAAAGUUUAUUAGAAUCGAUUUGUAGAACCAAAAAAUCAGAAUAACUUAAUGGUUUUUGUGUUCAAACACCUGCAAAGUGAUGAUGGACACCAAAGAAGACAGAGGAGAGAUUUCACUUUACAUCUGUUGUCAUAAGAUAAAAUUAACUUUAUUAUUAUUGACAGUGGGGAAAGUUCACUGUUACAGCAGCUCAGUAUGAGAUUAUAUUAUCUACUAAUAAAUAAUGCUUCACUGUGGACGGAGAUCUUCACUACAACUACCUGAAAUCAGACGUUUUCUAUCCGGCCUCAUGUGGACGCAGUCUGACCGUUUACAGUUUUGACCCGACUGACCGACCUGAAGAGACGUUAAAGCCACAUUCAUCCUGCUGGAGAGAAUCCUCAUUCACCAAAAACCAAAGAUCCUUUUUUUUUUCCAGCAGAGAAGCCGAACUUUCAGAAGGACGAGUUGGACUAACGGACUUUACGACGAGGAUAUUUAUUGGAGACUUUUGGGAAUCCCGGCGGGUUUCCCUCCAAAGAAAACUCUUUUCUUGAAACCGGGACAAAAACAAUGAAAUACCAAAAAAUCCAGACCGGUUGUCUGUCUGUAGCUUUACUUCUCGGUUUCUUUUUUUAAAAAAUCGUUUAGUUUUUUUAUUUUUGCAACAGAGAUGCCAAAGGAGGGUGCGACCAAAGCAACCAGACUGAGAAUGCACAACGAGGACGAUACGAACAAAACACAGCGACGAGGAGUAUGUUGUAAAAACAGCGAAAGGAAAAGGACAAAAGAGACGUAAAAUAUAUUUAUCUUCUAGCUCAUAUCAUGCUUCGGGCACUUUUGAUUUAAAAUGUUGAUAAUUUAAGUUUUUGCAGCUCAAAUAUAAAGAUGUCGGAGGAAGAAGGGAAAAACUGAUUUCUUACAGAAAUAAUCCUACAGUGUUAAAUACGGAGGCGGCUCAGCAUGUGUUUCAAAAUGUACUUGUUUUACCGUGAAUCUUUCUUCAUUUUUUAAGAAUUUCAGACGAGCAUAAAGAGGCACAACCACCAUGAGAUCCACAGAGGGUGAAUGUUUUACAUUUUAAAGAUACUUUCUCAUCUUUUUAUCCCACGAUAAACGUCGUCUCAUAGAGUAUAUUUGCUACGCGAUGCAAGUUUGAAUCCAUUCACAAGCAAUCUCAGAUGUGUAAAUAGUCCAGUGUCGUUACGAAACACUUUGUAUUAAAAGGAGUGAGGGUAAAAGCACAGUUAUUACAUGAACACCAAAUAGGUUUUUGUGCCUGAGAGUUAAAAAAGCUUUAAUAAUAAUAAUAAUAAUAAUAAUAAUAAUAAUAAUAAUAAUAAUAAUAAUAAUAGUGAUGAUUUGAAAAGUGUAACUUGUCUUUCCAAAGACAGACCGAGUGUUGAACCUUCGUGGAUUUAAAUCUGCAGACAAACCAAAACUCUAGAGAGAUGUUUCACUGCGGAAAGAAAAUUAGUUUACUUUUAUCACUCAGUCAAAGACACUUUACCAGGAUUAUGAGCUUCAGAUCUGCUGGUCAUAACGAACAGAACACGACCAAGUUGAGGCGUAAACAAACGUAGAAUUCAGUGUUGUGUUUCUAGCUGCUGGACUGAGUUUCAGCUGCUUUUAGAACAGAUUUAGAUGAAUGUUUAGCUACCGUCUUCUUCUGUUUAUCUUAAACCAUGCCUGAAUUAUCCGUCGUCUUGUUUCUGUCCUGUCUGACUAACUUUUAGGGCUGUCCACGUUAUCGGGGAAACUACGUCAACUAUUGGGUAGACUGACCAAAAAUUUUAUUUAUAAUCACCCAAGGAUCAAUCCUAAUAACCCUGUCUCCUCGAAAUCAUGCUAAUGUACUAGAGCUCAACUGAAAAUUAAUUUUUUGAGGGGCCGAUAUCAAUUUUAUUGAGUGAAAAAUUUUGAUACCUGGGUUCCUCGGUUUACGACGCCCUCCACCUACGACGUUUCGUCGUAACUGGUUAUGUGAAACUAGUUGGCAAGCAGAGUGGACGAAAACGUCGUUACGUGGCGCUAUAAGAUGGUUUUGUUUACAUUUGCUGGUUGUACGCCACAUUGGAUUGUACUACACCCAGGAGACGUAUAGGAGAGUGCGAGUUCCGCCUUACGGCGAAAAUCGACUUACAUCGCGCCGUAGGAACAGAAUUCCAAUAUAAGUCGAAGAUCCCCUGUAUUGAUAUUUGUGCAGCCUUUCAGAAGAAAUGCUUUCACUUUGUCUGACUCCUCAAGAAUUUCAAGAGAACGACUGAAUUUCUUCAGAAGCAUCAGAUUUUAGACAGAAAGAUGAAUAUAUAAAAAUUAGGUUGCGUUAUCGUCCGACAAAUUUAGGUUAAUUUUUGCAAAGUUUACCAGGGCAGUAGUUAUUCGAUGUCCUCCCGUCCAACCAAAUUAUCUUUGGUUGGUUGUUAAGGACAAAAGUUCUACAUCAGCAGCCUUCCAGAAUUAACUGAUUUAUCUUGACUCUAAACUAACUGAUGCCAAAGAAAUCGUUGGUGUGGCAGCAUUUUGUUCUAAAAGUGGAUUAUGUAUUGCAACCGACAUUUAGAGCGUCUAAGAAACAGCAGCUAAUGCGUCAGUAGUUCUUUCUCUGGAUCACCGGUUGGUAUAUUUUCAGAAAUCCUAUGAUUAUGGGCAGGUGGUCUGUUCUCAUUUAGUUUAGUGUGCAAUAACCGCUUUAAAAUGAUGUAAAACGCUGAAAAUACCAGCCUUUUAUUUUAAAUUAGGUUUCAUUUAACCUAAAAGAAGACUGCAGGUAGAGUCAGCUUUGUGCUCAUCUAAAGAUGACGUUUCUUUGCACCCUGUCGAUUCCCUGAGGAAUAACUACGUUUUAAGUUUUGGUGACUGCAGCCCUUUUAGUUUUACUGUAUAAUGACUCAGAUCUCUCCAUAACAGUGAAUAGACAGCAAGACUUUUUAAUACCUUUUCUAAAGGAACAAGCAGAUUAUCCGACUGUUUUAGCAUAACAAGAUGGUGGAUUGAAAUGUUUUCUUUGGUUCGCUGGCUAAUUUGAACUUAGACUUAACUGUUUUUCAUGCAGUUAGCACCAGACCACAAACUGGUUGCCAUUAGCAGCAUUUCAAAGCAUCCGUUGGAAAUCUAUCACUUAAUUCACACAAAUUUUACCUACCUUUAAAAACUGACAAAGAUAUCUGACGCUAUGGAUUCAAUUUCCCUGUAAACUUGAUUUACAUAGGGUCCUCAACUUCCAUCAGAAUCCCGUUCUUACGGCGCGACUACAUGCAAUUUUCGCCACAAGUGGGAACUUCACAUAGUACAUAAGUACUUAUGUCACUCACCUACGCUUACACAGUGGUAAAAUCAUAAUCUAGGACAUAAAAACACUGGACAGCCAUAAUGAAGGACAAAAGUUUCCAAAAAAAAAACGCAAUCCAAAGUGGCGUACAACCAACAAAUGUAAACAAAGCUGCCUUCCUCGAAUAUCACCGUGUGACGACGUAUUCGUCUGCUCCGCUUGUCAACUAGUUCCAAAAUUUGUAUUAAGGUCGCAAACGCCGUAUGUCUGAAUGAUGGAACAAGACUUUAUGAGUAAAUUUAUGGGAGAUGGCGACGUAACCACGAAACGCCGUAGGUCGAGGACGUCGUAAACCGAGGACCUGCUGUACUCAAUUUCCUUAAAUAACAACCAGUGCGAGACUGACUGGUGAAGUCCAGCUCUCUACUACAGGUCAGAGAUAAACACUGAUAAACUGAAGCAUAAUGAACAUUUCACUAUAAAUAAAUCAUUUUAAAGAGUUACUGAAAGUUUAACAACUUCCCUUGCUGGAUAAAAACGACGCUUUGAUGUGAAAUAUGACCUCUUACCUUCAAUUAUACAAAGAUCUAUUGACGGAUCAGAGUCUUUUCUAGUGUUUAAGGUGUUUUAUCUCAGUUCUAAUCAUGAAUUCUUAUGUUUUUUAAAAUUUAGAUCUACAAAAGAAGUUCUUUAAACUCCCACAGAGGUGUUUUUAAAAGUGAACCAGUUUUUGUUCCAGGGUGAAACAUCUCUUUACUCACAAUUCAGAUUGAUCCGGUGCUGUACAUAGAACAAUGCAAACUAUGGGAUGUUUUUUAUAUGAAGGGUCAGCGGGACUGAGGUGAAAUAAUCUGGACAGAACACAAAUGUGAAUGAGAACCAGAGCUCUGAGUAAAUCCACUUCCUUUUCGGGAUGUAGACGGAUUUUUAGAGACAAAGUUUUACUGAAGUUUAUUAAUUUCAAACAAAAACACAUCUUAAAUCACCGGCAGUAAAUGUUUCCAAACCAAAUACAUAGUUUUAUUACCACUAUAUUAGAAUUUUGUCUGCUGUUUCCUGCAGGUAAAGAAGCUAAAUUCAGAUUUUUUCAAGUAUUAAACCUGCCUCACGGAUCACCUGAACAGGAAGUGAGUCGUACUCGGUUCUUCUGUCGAUGAUAAUCAUUUCCUCUGUGAUGAGACAGAAUCUGGUGUCAAACAGAAGGACUCUAUAGAAUCCGUUCUGACUCGACCCUUGUUUGCAUGAUUUCCCCGACUCCCCUUCCUCUUUUUUAUCGAAUGACAAAGUGAGAUCAAACACCAAAAAGACGUUGUUCCGUAGGAAAUAAAGCUGAAAUCCAGUUUUGAUUCUUA